AUGACCGGUCAGCGCCACCUAGUGGUCGAUCCGAUCGUGAAAGUCUACCGGCUGGCGCAGCGCGACGUCCCCGCCGCGGCGCCGACGAGCGACGACGACGACGACAGCGAGUCGGCGCCCUCUAGUGGCACGCGCGAGGUCGACUACAGCGUGCUCAACGACCCCGUGCCGCGCAAGGCGCACUCGCUGUACCGCUACAACAACUACGCGUCGCCGCGCGCGCGCCGCAGCGUCACGUUCAGCGACGCCUCGCUCAACGCCGCCGCCGAGCGCCCCCUGGAGGACGCUGACAGCGACACGUCGGAGAGCUACGCGGCCGUGCGGCGGCUCGCUCGCAGCGCUCUCGGCGACAGAAUCGCCGCGACGCGAUAUGCCGACCGCUCGUCCAGCGGCCGUCCCUCGACGUCCCCUGGUGGCAGUUCCGCGCGGCUUGUUGAGACGAGCGGGGGCAGCCUGCCCGCGGGGCUCUCCGUCAACAACUGGGUGAGGCGAGGCGAGUUAUCGCCGACGUGGCGCGUGCCGUCGUCGCUCGCGCGUCGCCAUGACGACGGAGGAGGAGGAGCGAGUCUGGUCGUCGAGCGGCGGCUGGAUGAGAAGAAGCUAGCGCGGCUGAAGCGGCGCAUCCGCGAGCAGCAGCAGGAGCGGCAGCAGCGUGAGGAGGUGCGGCUGGACGAGGCGCGCGCGGCUCGACGCGCCGUCGCCCAGGCGACCGCCGUCGCCACGCCGACCGACUCCGAUGCAACGCCGCUGUCGUCGGACGACGGCGCACCGUCGGAGGAGCGAGCGCUGGUGCCUCGCCAUGACGACGAGCCGACGUACGCGCGGCUGUCCGUCCGCAAGGUGGUCAGACUCGGCCAGGCGCCGUCCUACCGCGGAUUCAGCGACGUCGGAGGUCACGUGGUCGUCACGGCGACGGCGACUCGAUCCGAGCAUGGCCCGAUGGGAGUGGAGAUCGCUCGCAGUCUCGCGUGCACAAAGUCGACGUUCCCAGCAGCGCGCUACGGCAAGGCUGCACGGUCGCAGGCGCUGCCCAGCCGCAAGGUGGCGCCGCCUGUUGUCGCUGAGCGGCCAGCCGCCCCGAAGCUGAGUCUCAUCACGCCGUCGUCGUGGCGACUCGGGCAGCGUGCGAUCCUGCGUGAGCUCGGGCCCUCGCCGCGAGCAAGCCCAAAGAAGAAGUCCGCGAAGAAUCAGCCGCUGACAAAGGGAUCGGACGAUGAUAAUGAUGGCGGGACGCGAACGAGGAAUCGAUUUGCGGCGGCCGCAGCGGUCAGCGACAGUGACCCAUCCGACGUGAAGCCACACAGCUUAACCAGCGACAACGACAAAUCCGACGACGAACCAACGAACGAGAGACCCCACGGCGAUAAACCCGCGCGAAAGAAGCCCUCCGACGAUCAGCCAGAGAAAGUCUCCAGCUCCGACACUUCCCUGAAUGCUGACCCUCACACCGAUACCGACCCUCCCCCUGACCACUUCACAGAGACAGCGAGAGCCCUCCUCGACGACAUUAACAUGAGAUUCGUCGCGGAGGCGGACGACGGAGAAGCCGUGGCGACGGAGAGGAAGCCGGCUGCGAAGCCGCGCGCGCGUUCGAAAAAGAGGAAGGCCGUGAAGGUGCCCGAGGAGCGCGAGCCGCCAGCGGAGAAGGUGCGGCACUACGACGCCGAGAAGGUGCGCCGCUACAUGGCGAGGAAGCGCGCGGACAGGUGCUCGCGGCUGCUCGAGGACCGGCAGCAGCGGUCGGUGUCGGCGCGCGACCGCAAGGCCAAGCUGCAGGAGCUCGCGCGGCGGCAGCGGAGCGCGGCGAGGGCUAGCGCGCGCCGUCCGCCGCGACCCCCGCCCGCGACCGCCGCCGCCCCGCCCCCGCCGGUCGACGACGGUCGAGGGAGCGACGACGAGUCGACGCUGAGAGACGGCGAAGCCACGCUGGUCGGCGAGGGACUGGAGAUGGAGGAGGAUGCAGGAGGAUGCGGAGCCUCUAGGAGGACGGCGGGCGUCCUGGACGACAGUGACGAGUCCGCCGUCUGUGCGCCGCUCGCCGACUCCGCCGUUGCCACGGCAAUGGAGGUUGGCAUCCAGACGCCGCUCGAGCUGCUGGACGGCAUCACGAGGAUUCCGCACGUGGUCGCUGCCGGCGACGAGGCACCGGCGAUGUCCGACGUCGUCGGCUUCCUGCGUGACGCCGACGUGGCGCCCCCUGGUGGGAGGCUGCGGACGGUCGAGCGGCAGGAGAAGAUGGCGGCAGUGCUGGCGUCGGCGAAGUCGCUGCAGGUGCGGCUGAAUGAGGAGAUGCAGCAGCUCGUGACGAGGGUGCGGUUGCCGUGUGAUACGGUCGCUACGGAGGCUGCGCAGGUGGCUGGAGGGAGAGGCGAGGAUGCCACGGACGAGAUUCCAGGCGUUCGCAGCGUGAGGCGGCACGCCCGAGCCGCGAAGGAACGCAAGGAGAGAAAGCGGGAAUUGCGUAGGAGAGAUCAGGCAUUCGGUGGAGGGGCGGUGGCCGGCACCACCCAGCUCUCACACUCCUACGCAGUGCCUCACCUCAAACCUCAGGCGGGAGGCGGAAGCUGGGACCCUCACGCCGCAUCGUCGUCGUCGCUGCCACCGCGCGUCAACGGCGAGCUGUAUGCGCGGCCCGCAGGAGCGACGGACGCCGUGGCGCGGAUGCUCGGCGACGCGUGGGCGCGGCCGCAGCCUGAUCCCUACAGCGUCAUCAACCUGGUGACGAGUGAGCUGGGCAACACGUACCUGCACGCCGACGGGGAGGACCACCCGCUUGCCUCUCCGUCCGACGUCGACAGUGACAGCGGCAGCGCCGUGAAGAGGAAGCCAGGGGGCAGGUCGCGCAAGAAGAGGCCGUCGCCGGAGGAGCGGGGAGUGGUCUCAGAGACGCAGUCCGACACCUCAAGCGGCAGCGCCGGCGGCGGAAAGAAGCAGGAAUCGCAGCCGGCGGCGGCGCUGUCAGCAGACGCACUUGGAAACAAGAUGGCGGAGGAGCUGCGUUACUUCAUUAGCGUUGACGAGCGUCUGCAGUGGCUGGGAACAAUCGAGCAGAUCCAUGCGAGCGGCGCACGCCAGCAAGCCAGCGUCGCCUUCUCCAACUCGCUCGUGCACCACCAGGAGGCGCUACAGGAGGCGCAGCAGCAGAGCGCGCUGGCGACGCAGCAGGCGUUGCAGACGAUGAGCGACGCGCAGCGCGAGACGGUGGCGGCGCUGCGCGACACGACGCACGAGGCGCUACGCUCGCAGAACGCCGUCGCUCGCUUUACCGCCGAGGCCGCUCGCCACCUCGCACAGUCGCUGCAGCAGCCUGACAGUGGCGUGCGCAGCCUGCAGAGGGAGCUAGCACAUGGCUCAGUUGACACGCUUGUGACAUCACGCGCCGUUCAGGUUGGCAAGGGCCUUGCCGCAGUCAAGGAGCGUACCAGCGCAGCGGAGAAUCUGAGCGCUUCGAGUGCACCGUCCAGCCAGUCCGACCACUCUCGCGUGUCGUCCACCGCUGCCAGCUCGGCCACACUCUCCCAGCGGUCAGCUGCCGCCAAGUCGCACGGGUCCCCGACGGCUUCAGAGCGUUCUUCGGAGAGGUCAACUGCCUCCAGUCGGCCGUCGUCCAGUCCCUCCGGACACUCGGUGGUAACGUCAGACGCGCGGCCAGAGGAGAGGAGGGUGCCGAAGCCGAGAAGGAGGACACUGCCAUCCAGGAAAGAGGAGUUGUCGGAGAGGAAGGUGGAGGAGGAGGGGCUUGCCGCGACGCAGAAAGUUAGCGAGGCGUUGGACGCGGGGGAGGAGGAGAGCAUCCCAGAGGAGAGCAUCCCGGAAGAGAGCAUCGCAGAAGAAAGCAUUCCGGAAGAGAGCAUCCCAGGAAAACGUAUCCAGAAGCAGAGCAUCCCAGAGAAGAACAUUCGAGAGAAAAGCGUCCGGGAAGAGAGCAUCCAGGAGGAGGCUGCAGCGCACGAGUCGUCGACGACGACAGCGUCUGAGUCUCUGCCCAGUCGUUACGAGUCGCCGUCCGAUAAACCAGUUGAAGUGCAGCAGCACGUGAAGGCGACAGGAGACACCCUGCAGGUGUCCUUUAUGGCCGUGCUACCCUCUGAGGCGCACCGGAGGAACCUGCAGCAUUCCGUAGUCACGGACAGGAGAAACCUGGAUCGAUCCGCACCGGCCGAGGGAGAGGACCCCUCAUCGAUUGGGAGUUCCGCGCUGAGGAUAGAGGAUCUUGCCGUGCCAUUCGGGAAAGAGGAUUCGUUCGCUCGGUUGACGGUGGAGAUGGUGAGCAUGUACAUGCAGGAUGAACAGCGACGAUGCGAGCACCAGGUGGCGCUACUGAAACUGCGUGAAACUGCGCUGGCAGACAAGACAAAGGCCGAGGUAGCCUGGCUGCAGAUGAAGAAAGACAAGCUGCGAGACAAGGGACGCGACGAGAUUAUGCCCAUCCGCCACCAGCAGAGGGCGCUACUUCAAAAACUGGAGCAUGAGCGUGCAGAGAUGCGCAGACUCCAGGAAGCCAACCUUGCAGCAAGCCAGGAGAGGCAAUUGUUGCUACGGCAACAGGAGGAGCUGCUGAAGCUGCAGCAAACGACGCGGAAGAUCAAGCACAAGCUGAAGUCGUCGCUGCUCAACGACGGCAGCGGAGACAGCGAGAGCGUUGCCAUGGAGAUGGAGGACAGCACAGCGCAGGCGUCCGGCGUUGUGCAGACGGAGGAUGAAGUCAGCUUAGCGCUUGAUGAAGAGUCUGUGGAGGAGAAUGUCUCAACGGCAUCGAAAACAGCGCCCUCUAGCGAUCGUAGUACACACUCCACCGUCAGGGAAGAUAUUCCAGCAGAGUUUGUCGAAGAGUCGCAAUCCAAGAGCAUCAGUGAAGAUGUAAAGUCGGAGAUUUCAUCGCGGGGCAUUGAGGAGGAGCAGGAGGAGGAUGAGGAGCUGGAGGGGGAGGAGGAGGACACGUCUAGCCCGUCGCAAGACCUGUCCGUGCCGUCGACGAGCUCGGUGUCUCGCAGCGAAGCCAGCGUGCCGCUGAAGCUGCGCAAGCUGCAGGAGCAGCUGAACGAGAGGUAUCUGACAAAGCGAGAGCAGAAGCUGCGGCAGAAGCGGCAUCAUGUUGAGAAACUGUUGGCAUGGAAACAGCGGUUGGACCAGGAGGACAACAGACUCAAGUCUUUGGAGAAGGCCGUACUGAAAGGCAGCAUCACGAAAAGCUCCGAGGUCCCAGCAGACCUAUUGCCAAGUAAGGUGAAAUCGCCCGUGACUGCUGCAUUGACCACAGCCCUCACUGACCAAGUGACGACGGCCGCAGACGACACGCUGCAGGCCGACCAGUCGACGGUCAUCGAGACGGAGGCGUCACCUGGUGGCUCGAGCAAUACGACCGGCGACACGGAGAGUGGACAAGUGAACGACGUUAGUGGUGACAGUCAGAUCGUGACAGCCGGUGACGAGUCGGUGACGCCGCGAGCGAUCACACGACAACUCUCCGAUGUGCAGACGACUACUGACGCCUCGAUCGGCGAGGAGGUGGCAACGCCGAGCAAGGGGAGCGACUCACCAAGCCUCAGCUCCCAUCUACCAACAAGGGCGGAGCCGGCGGUGUCCGACUACAGCGACUCGUUUGUCUCGACGCCGACGACGCCGCGCCAGUCUAAGCCGACGUCGCCGCUGUCGUCGCUGUCUAAGCGCGGCCGCUCGGCGCCGGGCGCUUCGAUGUUUUCGAAGAAGGCAAUCAAGUACGCGAUGGCGCGACAUCGCGACAGCGAUAGCGGGUCCGACGAUUCGUUCUCCCUGCCACUGUCAGAGUCGAUGUCGGAUCAGAGUGAUGUGGAGGGCCGCAUCCACGCGCUCGCUGAGCAGCUGAGGACGCGCAAGAUCGAGGCCGACCGGCUGAAGAAGGAGCAGAAGAAGAGACACAGGGAGCACCUGAAGGCUCGCGAGGACUCCCUACGCAAGCAGAUAGAGGCGUACGACUCGUACAUCUGUCAGACACGCAUGGAGCUGAACAGGGAGCUAGCUGAGCUGUCAGCAUCAAGUCACGAUGGGUCGGUGAAGCCCAAGAUCAAGACGCCCAAGGUCGCCGAGCUGAGACGCCAGAAGAAGGUGCCUCAGGAGUCGGCUGCGGGACUGCCGGUUGCCGCGGCAUCGCGUGACUCGUCCGCAUCCCGACACUUGAGUCAGAGCGGGUCGGAGAGCAGCAUUGACGAAGUUAGCCGCACGUCGUUGCAGCUGCCACUGACACAGGAAUCAGUGGCGCCACCUACAGAAGUCGUCUCGCAGUCAGCUGCGGAAACCACAACUCCAGCUUCCGGUGAAGCCAUUCAGGAGCAGCUGUCACCCAGCCAAUCAGAGCCGAGCGUCGCCGACCAGGUGGCGCCAACGUCCCCCUCAACGGCGACCGACUCGGGCUCCUCGCUCACGGCGUCGUCCACCGAGAGGUCACCAAAGGACACGCCGACCGUGUCGCCGCGCCUCGCUGACCUCGCUGUCGUGUCAGAGGUCAGCCUCGACGUCAGCAUCGAGGUCGAUGAGGAGCUCAUCACAGAGGGCGCCACCGAGGACUCGGAGCGGCAGUCGCCGUCCGACGAGCCGGAGUGGAGCGAGCGAUCGUCGCGCGGCGCCGCCGCCGAUCGACAGAGCGACGCAACGUCCCCUGAGGCGUCGCCGCGUGACGGCGACGCGAGCUACGCCGGCGCCCCCUACAGCGAGGACUUGUCCGACAGCUCGACGGUGACGACGGAGACGCAGCGCUCCGUGAAGAGCCUCACCCCUGCCGUGACCCCGCGCGAGUCCGCGCCCGCCCCGCCGCCGCUGCCGACGCAGGAGGAGGUACGCGCGGAGGAGGAGGGUGUGGCGGGGAAGAGGACGGGGAAGGGCGGGUACGAGGAGGAGAGCUUUGAGAGCACGAGCCCGCCCGAGGAGGAGAGCAAACACACUACGACGACGACUUCCUCCAUCGAGGAGGAGGUGCCCGCAGAGUCAAGCUUUUCAGUCGAAGAGGCAGCAGCAGAAGAAGAAGUGGUGAGGGAGGAGGUGCCGGGGAACAAGGUGACGAGAGAGGAGGUGCCGGGGAUAAAGAUGGUGAGGGAGGAGGUUGCAGGGGAGAAGCUUGGUAUGCCAGCGACGUCAGCGCUACAUCUCGACCUGACGCAGCUCGAGCCUACCCCGCCCGCCUCUGCCGAGAUGCCGAGGGACUCGGUCGAGGCGGCCGACGACUCGAUCGAGACGCAAGACUCGAGUCUGCCGAAGUCUCCGUCGCCGCGCUCCGUCUCGAUCGUCCUCGAGCAGUCGAUGACGAUCGAGACGGCGUCCGAGACGUCGCUCGAUCGCAUCAUCGGCGCCGCGGCUGCCUCCGUCGCACUGUUCGGGGAGGAGCCCGGCGAAGAGGAAGCCACGGCAUGGCUGGAGGAGCUCUCAGUGGUGGUCACCGGGAGAGAAGAGGAAGGCCUCGCCCUCACAACACAUGCAGUGCAGACAGAGGGCGCCACUAUGAUCGAGACGCUCGUCGAUCGUCUCACGAACCAUCUCAUCGACUCGCUAAUCCGAGACUCCGUCGCCGCGGUCGCGCGAGGCAAACAGCUCACGAAGUCGACCCCCACGACCCCUGCGACGCCGCGAUCACCCGUAACUCCGCGCGCGGUCGUGUCGGCACACGUCGAGCGGGCGAUGGUGGCGCCACCGGUCUCGGCCGACGUGGUGGCGCCAGACGUCGCGCGUGCCGCCGCGUUGCCUCCGGCGACCGUCGCCGUGGCGAUCGCCGAGCAGCGAGACGUCGCCGUCGCCGUGGCGCCCGACGUCGUGCACGUGGUCACCAUCGCCGCCGACGACCGGCUAAAGGUGGCGCCGGCGGUGAGGAUGUCGACGGUAGUGCGACCAGAGGCUGCCGUCGCGGUGGCGCCCUCUAGCGUCGAGGCGACUGCGGACCGCAUUGCAGAGCGGCUCAUCGAGGGCCUCAUCGCCGAGUCGGUCAGCGCCAUCUGUGAGAUCGCAGUGCAGCAGCGAACCGCCGGAGCUGACGGACUCGCCGCCUUCUUACAUCCCAGCCACCUGCCGGCAGAGGGCGCCGACACCAGCACGCCCGGUGGCGCCAUCUACGCGGAUGUGUUCGGCGGCAGUCCUGCACUCGACGAACUCUCGGUCGAGUACGCGUCGCCGGGUCACGUGCCUGCGGAAGCACCAUCUGGUGGCGGCGAUGACGAUGCGACACCCAGGCGAGGUGUGGAGGGUAAGCAGGAGAGACAGGUGGAGCUCACAGACAGUCCUGUAGAUGCUGUAGCAAGGCUAGAGGAAGGACUCUCUGGUACAGGCGUUGUGAGUCUGAGCUUUCCCGCGGCACAGAUGCAACAUGCCGAGGUUUCCGUGGUUACAGACAGCAGUGACAACAGCAGGAGCGGAUCCGUGUCUCGCAGCCACUCUCUGUCUCCCGUCCAGGCUGAGGAGGCGCAGGCCGCCGAGGGACAUGAUGAGGAGGUGCACAGACUCACGAGCGGCCUUUCCGAGGGAAGCCCCGGCAGUCCCUCCUCCCCCGUGCCACGCCCCGUCUCACCCGUGUUUGGGGAGUACAGGAGCUUCACUAAGGAGGAGCUAUCCGAAAAGCUGUCGUCUCUGCAGACCAACCAGGACGCGUUCGGCGGCGGCAGCGGCGCCGGGGGAGAGGUGCUGCUGGACAGCGAUUGGCUGGACGAUGACUUUGCGCUCAUCGACGGAACGUUCCGGCGUCAGGCGAUCCCGCAGAAGCCGCCGCCGCCCUACACGCCGCCGGGCAUGCCGCAGGCGACGGCACCGCCGCCCGACUACCAGACCGCGCGGCUGGAGCUGCGUCGCAGCCACGAGCCGUACUACGCCGUGCCGCGCAAGUGGACCGAGGUGGCGCCGCUGGUCGAGGCGGCUCUGGCGGCGACACGCGACGCCUCGCCGACCGUUGCCGCGGCGCCGAUGCCAGCCGGCUACGUGACAGACGACGAGGCGGGCUUUGACCUCGUCAGCCGCAGCCGCCGCGCCUACAAGAGCUUCCUCUUCGCGCUCGUACGCGAGGUCGCCGCCGACGCGUGCGCUGUGGCGCCCCCUGGCGAGCCGUGGAUGAAGCCGCGCGCGUCGGCGGCAGCGGCGCGCGGGAACGGCGACGGCGACGCUGCGACCAGGGGCGAGCUCGCAAAGCUGCUGCGCGCGCCCGCGACGACGACGGCAGCGGCGGCGCCCCCUCGUGGCGAGCCGGCGGGCAAGUGGGGCUCGCGGAAGCGCGACUUUGUCGACGCGAUCCUCGUGCGCGAGCUGCGCGGGGAGGAGGCCGAGUGGCUGAACUAUGACGACGACGAGCUGACGGUGAAGACGCAGCUCUGCGACGCUGUCAUGGCGUCCCUCGUCGACGACGCCGUCCGCACGCUUGUCGAUGCCACGAGGAGGCGCCACCAGCUCAGCGCCACGUGA